AUGUCAAACCAAGGAAUCACUUUGGAGGAAAAGUUGUGGGUCGACGAGUGCUACUUGUUUCAGGACGAAGGUCUCGCUCCAAUCUUCUGCAAGCCAAAACUCAUCCCACUCAAAACAAUCACCACCCAGAAGCUUGAGCAAAUGCAAAAGGAGCAAAUGGAGAAGCUGCAGGUUCCGGAAGCGAAACCAGAAAGAACGGGCACAUCAGAAACCAUCGAAUCCGGUUCGGAGAAAGAGGAUAAUGAUCAACAAGGACCUUCAACUUCAGAGCCGAAGAAAGAGGCGGAUGUCUGGACAGCAGAUGACUAA